UCAAACCGUAGAAAAUGGCAAAUGAAUACAAACUUUAACACUCAAUUGAGGAGGCUCUUUCGUCCAUUUGUGGAUGAUUUUAUUGAAGACUACACGUGUUUUAUAAGGGUAUCACCACUUGUUAGCUGAAAGAGAGCUUGACAGUUGUGAAAAGAGAAGAGAACAUUUGGAAGAAAUAUUUCAACGAGUUUCCAUUUUCAUAACAAGUGAUUGUGCUUUUUUGAAUUAAAUGCAUAGGAGAUAAUCAGUAAAUUACUUGGAAAGUGUUUGAAAGUGAUUUUGAUAGCUAUAUUUGUAAAAUAUCGUGACACAAUAUUCGAUAUAAGUAUAUUCACAAUAAAAGUCGAUUUAGAUUGAUUAUUUCAUCGGAAAACAUUUAUUAACUAUUGAAAAUGAAAACCGUGAGAAAAACUAUCACCAGUAAAUAAGUGCGUGUAUGUAUUUGCAUAUAAACACUUUCUCGUGCACGGAACUUUGGCGGGAUAAUUUUAAUACAUUGCAUGUGCAUUUGCUACAGUGUUUCACUCAGUUUUGCUUGGAGAAUAACAUAACGGUCAGUGCAAAAUUAAAUUUUAUGAACUAUUGUUUGCUGUUUAUGAUAUAGAGUUGUAAGAAACUUUUGAAAUUUCUUGCAAAUACAUUGCAUUUGAACAUUUUUACAAGGUAGGACUCCAAAUUGUCUACCAACUGGUCAAUAGUAGGCCACACAAAACCAUUUUCAUAAUGAGUUCACCUAUGGACAUGGCGGACGACCUCUCCCAUAACGGAAGUCUCUCGGACGGGGAGCAAGGAGCGGCUAAACAUUGCGGCGACCACGUGAAGCGUCCCAUGAACGCCUUCAUGGUUUGGUCCCGGGGGCAGCGCCGGAAGAUGGCACAGGAGAACCCAAAGAUGCACAACUCUGAGAUCAGCAAGCGCCUAGGGGCGGACUGGAAGCUGCUGACAGAAGAGGAAAAGCGACCCUUUAUAGAUGAAGCUAAGCGACUAAGGGCGCUGCACAUGAAGGAACAUCCAGACUACAAGUACCGCCCCCGCCGGAAGCCUAAGUCGCUCAUGAAGAAGGACAAGUACGCCUUCCCAAUGCCGCUCGUUCCCGGGUUUAACCCUUUUAGUGGAUUUCCGGGCGGCUACCCGACUUUCUCUGGCAGCCCCGCUGAAACCGCCAUGGGUCAGACCUUAUUGAGCGAGAAAAUGCGUGCGUUCCAACCUCCAACGAGUCUGCCACCGUCAAGUAUUGCUUCCCACCCUCUGCUGUCUCAUUUGGAAUCAUCCUCGCUCGCUAGCAAAUUAGACCCGUCCAGUUUCCAACUACGGACAUCGUUGCCAGAACACAUGGCGUCACAAAUGACGUCAUCAUUGUACUCCCAAUAUCUUCAAGCUCAAAGCGCGGCGCUGAGCUCCCUUCCAUCGCCCGCGCACACGGGGCAUCCGGGACAGUAUCUGGUUCCCUGCUGCCCGCCCUCCUACCUACCCUCCAGCUCUGACGUCCACCGGCCCCUAGCUUACGUUCUGGUUAAACCGGAAGAUCAUUAUCGCCAUUCGUCUGUUAUAUAGUAUAUUGGAAACUUUUACUAAAUUGACACUAGUUCUUAAUUACAUUGUAAUAUUCAUUAUGAUGUUGUCGACAUUGACGAUUUUCCUGCUGUUAACGAGAUUUAGUGAUUGUUGAUCUCAGAAAGUAAAACGAAAGAUUUACCACGAAGGUGAGAAAAGUGUUAGAGAAUUUAUAACCUAGAUCCUACGAAUCGAGAUUUCGAUUAUUCUGAAAAAGACAUUAUCAAAUCCUCAAUACCGAGGUUUGUCAUAUUUCAUAAUUUGUUAAACAAUUACGGCAUUGUCACUUUUUAUUUUAUGGCAGGUAAUUCCUGCAAAAGCCGUUCAAUUCAUUGGAAUAAUCAUGAAAAGUGUGUUAAGGUAUAUGACCCACAAUAUAGUGAAUUUUUUAUGCAUUGUGAGCCUUUAUUUUUUUUGAUAACAUUUGAAAAGGUUUUGUGUGAAAAAAUAUAUGAAAACGUUAAACGAUUACAAAAUAAGUAUAUAAUAAAAAUGUACUUAAAACAUUGCAAAAAUAGAUAAAUCAUAUCCAAUUUGAGUGGUAAUAAAGAGCAAUCAUUUAAACAGUAGUAACUUAAUGAAAUAAUGUGGCCAUUUAUAUCAUACAUCAUUAUUCAGUAAGCAAAUACCUUUCAAAUGAUACCAAAACUAUAUUUAGGGUCACCAGGGGUGGUAUUCAAUAUUGGUCCUAAUUUGGUCUUGGAACGGUAUAGCUAAUCGGAUUGCUAGAUAUAAAUAAUGAACCGUUACGGUAAAUAAAGUCAAUAAUGUAUGACCAUAAGAUCAACUUAAAUUGUAUAUUGAAUACAGCCCAUGGGCUUCAAAAUUAAAAUAACGGUUAAUAAAGCUAUCUGGGUUGGUAUUUAACAUUGGUCUUAUUUGGAUUUAAGAACGAUGUAGCUAAUCGGAAUACCUGUUAUUAAUAACUGACCAAUAGAGGGAAUGAUUUCAAUAUGUUUACCUUAAGUUUGAUUUGAGAACGGUGUAGCUAAUUGGAAUACAUAUUGUUGAUAACUGACCAAUCGAAGGAAUGAAGUCAAUAAUGUAUGACCCUAAGAUUAACUUCAGCUGCAUAUUGAAUACCACCCAAGAAAACAAGCAUAUUUGUGGGUCUGAUUCCUUAAAUAUGUUAUUUGAUAUUGGUGUUACAUUAGAGCGCAUUGACAAAACGACAUUAGCAUCGUUUUAUGUGAAAUGGAUUUUCGUUUAUUGGUGCAUUUAUGUUUGUUGAUUUGUGAGAGAUUUUUUUACUUUGAGUGUUUAUUACUGUUGUUAUGAUUUGUAUAUAUACAUGUAAGAAAUAAAUUCAAUUCUAAUGACGAUA